AACGUGUUCGCCGGCUGCCAGAAUUUUGGCAAUAUUUUUAUUCAUUUAUGUAGAGAGUUUACAACAUUUUAGUUUUAUAAUAAUGCCAACAGUGUCUGUGAAUAAGGAGGAGCUUUUCCAGGUGUUAGGCAGGAGCUAUACAUUUGAAGAAUUUGACGAGUUGUGUUUUGAGUUUGGACUGGAAGCUGAAACAGCUGAGGAUGAAGAAGGGCAGGGGGACAGCAAUGAGGAAAUUUACAAAAUAGAGGUACCAGCCAAUAGAUAUGACUUGCUCUGUAUUGAAGGUAUUGGAAGAGCCCUACUUGUUUUCCUGGAAAGGUUGAAGGCACCAAGGUACAAGUCAGUGGCCCCAGCAUCUGGUCAGAGACAGCAGCUCAAGAUAUUGCCUGCUACAGGACAGGUACGUCCUCAUGCUGUGGCUGCUGUACUAAGAAAUAUAAAAUUCACAGAGGACAGAUAUAAAAGUUUCAUAGAUCUUCAAGAUAAACUCCAUCAGAACAUCUGCAGGAGGAGAACACUGGUUGCCAUAGGAACCCAUGACCUUGACACUAUACAAGGACCAUUCAUAUACGAUGCUAAACCACCAGCUGAUAUUAAAUUCAAGGCACUAAGUCAAACACAAGAAUACACAGCUGUAGAACUGAUGAAACUGUAUUCUGGAGAUAGUCAUUUGAAGACAUACCUACCUAUCAUCCAAGAUAAACCAGUGUAUCCCAUAAUCUAUGAUAAAAAUGGUGUUGUUCUGUCUAUGCCCCCUAUUAUAAAUGGUGAACAUACAAAGAUCACCUUGGAGACAAAGAAUGUUUUCAUAGAAUGUACGGCGACAGAUCUGACCAAGGCUAAAAUAGUGCUGGACACAGUUGUCACAAUGUUUGGUCAGUAUUGUGAGGAACCGUUUAUUGUAGAGCAGGCAGAAGUGAUACAACCAGAUGGUACUACAGUUAUAUAUCCUGAGUUGGCAUACAGACAUGAAGUUGUAAAUGUGGAAGAAAUCAACAAAAAAGUUGGCAUAGAUAUUAGUGGAGAGGAAAUGGCAAGAUUAUUGACAAAAAUGUACCUGGAGUCAGAGGUGAUUGAUGGUGGCAAAAACCUCAAAGUAGAAGUCCCACCCACCAGAGCUGAUGUGCUUCAUGCAUGUGAUAUAUUUGAGGAUGUGGCAAUAGCUUAUGGCUUCAACAAUCUGAAAUGGACCAUACCCGACACAAACACUAUCUCCAAUCAGUUCCCGUUGAACAAGUUGACAGAUCUAAUGCGACAGGAAGUAGCUGCAUCUGGAUUCACCGAAGUUCUCACAUUUGCUCUGUGUUCGAGAGAUGAUAUAUCAGAUAAACUAAGACAGGACAUUAAAACAAGGAACGCUGUUCAUAUUGGCAACCCGAAAACACUUGAAUUUCAGGUUGCCAGGACAACAUUGUUACCAGGGAUACUUAAAACCAUCUAUCACAACAAGAAUAUGCCACUGCCACUGAAACUGUUCGAAAUAUCGGAUGUCAUCUUCAAAGAUGAUAAUAAAGAUGUUGGAGCGAGAAACGAGCGCCAUUUGUGUGCAGUGAACUACAACAAGACAUCAGGAUUUGAGAUAAUACAUGGUUUAUUAGAUAGAAUUAUGCAGUUGUUAGAGAUACCAGCAACAGUAGAUGGGACUGGAUACUUCAUCAAAGCUUCUCAAGAUGGAACUUUCUUUCCCGGGCGAUGUGCAGAUAUCAUUGUAAAAGGAAAAUGUAUAGGAAAGUUGGGAGUUCUACAUCCGGAAGUGAUCACGACCUUUGACCUAAACAUGCCUUGUUCUGCACUAGAAAUUAACCUAGAGGCACUCAGUUAGUGUAACAGACAACAUAAGCUUUUUAUGGAAUGUUAGCUGUAACAUUAUUAAGAACUAACUUGUGGGACGUUUUACAAUUCUUGUCUUUCCAGUUUUAAGAAUGAGUUAAUUCUGGUACACUGCAAAUCCUUUAAUUCUGUUGUCAAAUAUUUAUGGUAUUGACAGAAAGGUUAUUUAUUAGGUGCCUAAAAUAAAAGUUUUUUUUUUAUGGGAUUUAAUUUCAUUAAAUGAAGCAACCUUGAACUCAACAAAAGUAGAUCCCCCACAGAUGUAAAUAAUUAUACAUUUAUUAAUGUGAAGUAUCAUAAUGUAUAUACAGUAAACCUCACUUAUAAGGAACUCGGAUAUAAGGAACACUCGGUUAUAAGGAACAGUUUUCAAUUCCCUGAUCUAAUUCCUUCUUUAUUCAAUGUAAAAAUCCUCGGUUAUAAGGAACACUCUGUUAUAAGGAACACUUUUUCCAGUCCCAAAGUACGAAAUUCAGUGGAAAACCCCACGGUUUUAGCGAACAGACAUAAAGAAUAAAAAAUAUUGAAAACAGAAAAUAAACAUGAGAAUCGCUGAUGACGUCAGAGUAACGUCGGCACUAUCACGCGCUUUCAUGCACAUGAAUAAACACAAAUUAUUUCAUUUCUAUGAUCUUUAGUUUGUUAAUUCAUGGAUACGAUAAAAAAUAUAUAUAUAAU